AUGGCUAGGCUUCAGCAGGUCCAGCGUGCUGCGGAGGCGUCGACCGAUGAAGUUUUCUGCGGGGGAUCGUCCAUCGGGCGAUGCGGUGCACGGCGUGUUCCUAUCGCGCAGGAGCUAUUAAAACGGGAAGUGCUCAAUUAUGAUGAUGUCAGGAAUCUCAUUGGAACACCGCCUCAUGGCGAGAAGCACGUUGUCGAGCUGGUUGACAACAUUCUGCCAAAAGACGGAGCAUAA